AUGGGGUGGUGGUAUUAUGGUAUGAGAUGGGGGAGGGGGGGGGGAUAUAAUUUAUGGGGAGUGGGUAGUGGUGGGGGGUGUAUUUGGGGUGGGGGUUAUUAUUGGUUAAUUGGUUUGGGGUGGGGGGUGGAGGUGGGGUUGGUGUGGGUGGAUGGGGGGUGUGGGGUGUUGUGUGGGGGUGUGUUGGGUGGUGGUGUUGGGUGGUGGGGGGUAUUGGUGGGUUAUUGGUGUUUGGGUGGGGUGUUUGGUGGGUUGGGGGGUUUUUUUGAUUGGUGUUUUUUGUUUGGGGUGUUGGUGGGUUUGGGGGGGAGUGGUGGGGGGGUUGUGUUGGGGUUGUGGGUUUGGGUGGGGGGUUAUUUUAGAGUUUGGUGGGUUUUUGUGGUUGGGGGGGGUUAUGUGGUUUGUGGGUUAUGUAUUAUGGGGAGUUGGGUGGUGGGUAGGGUGUGGUGUGAUUGUGGUGGUGUAGAUGGGGGGGUUGUGGGUUUGUUGUGUAUGGGGUAUGGUGGUGGGGGGUGGGUGGGGGGUGGGGGGGUGAUGGAGGUGAGUUGGUUUGAUGUGGAGUAUGGGGGUUGUGGGGGUUUGGAGUGGGUGGGUGUUUGGGGGUGUGGGUUUGGUUGUGUUGUGGGGUUGGGUUGGGUGGUUGUGGGGUGGGGUGGGGGGGAGGGUGUAGGGGGGGGUGGUGGUUUGUGUUGGGGGUGGGUAUGGGGGGGGGUGGGUUGUGGGUUGGGUGGUGUGUUUUUUGGGGUUGUGGGGGGGUUGGGUUGUUUGGUUGGGGGGGGUGGGGGUUUUUGUGGUAUGAGUUUGUUGUGGGUUGGGUGGGUGGUGGUGGGUUUGGUUGUGAAGAGUGUUUUUGGGGUUUGUGUGUUGGGGGGGUUGGUUGGGUAUGUGGAUUGUGUUGGGGGGGGUGUGGGGGGUGUGUGGGGGGUGGGGUGGGGGGGUUGGGGGUGGUGGUGUGGUGGGGGGGGGUGGGGGUGGGGGGGUGUGGGGGGUGGGGUGGGGGGGGGGUGGGGGGGUGUUUGUGGGGUGGGGGUGUGGGGGGUUGUGGUGGGGGGUAGUUGUGGUGGUGUUGAGGGGUGUUGUGGUUGUGUGUGUGGGGGGUUGGGUUUUUGGUGGGUUUGGGUGGGUGGUGUGGGGGGGGGGGUGGGGGGUGUUUGGGGGGGUGUUUUGGUUUAUGGUUGUUUUUGGUGGUGGUGGGGGUUUGGGGGGGGGGGGGGGUGUGUUGGUGUGUGUGGGGGUGUGGGGGGGUGGGGGUGUUUUUUGUGGGGGGGUGUGGUGGGUGUGUGUGUGUAUUUGGGUGGUGGGGGGUGUGGGGGUUUGGUGUGUGUGGGGGUGAUGGGUGGGGGUGGGUGGGUUGGGGGGGGGUGGGGGGGGGGGGUGUGUGGGGGUGUGUGUGUUUGUUGUGGUUUUUGUGGUGGGGGGUGUUGGUUGUGGUGUUGGUUGGGGGGGGUUUUGUUGUUUUGUGGGUUUGUGGGGUGGUGGGGGUUUUUUGUUGUUUGUGGUGUUGGUGAUUUGGGUGGGGUUGUGGGUGGUGUGUGUGUGGUGUGUGUUGGGGGGGGUGGGUGUGGGGGGGUGGGUGGGGGGUGUGGGGUGUGGUUUUUGGUGAUAGAUGGUUGGUGUUUUUGUUGGGGGUUGGGGGUGGGGGUGUUUGUGGUGGUGUGUGGGGGGUUGGGGGGUGGGUUGUGGGGGUGGGUGAGGGUGGGUGGGUGGGGGGGGUGGGUUGUGGGGUUGGGGGGGUUGGGUUUGUGGGUUGGUGGGGGGGGUUGUGGGGGGGGGGGGGGGGUGGUGUUUGUGUUUGUGGGGUGUUUGGGGGGUGGUUUGGGUGUGUGGUUGGGGGGUGUUGGGUUGUGGGUGGUGUGGGUGGGGGGUGGUGUUGGGUUGGGUGGGGUUUGUGUGUUUUUUGUUUUGGUGGUUUUUGUGUGUGGUGGGGGGGGGUGUGUGGGGGGUGGGGGGUGGGGUGUGUGGAGGGUGUGUGGGGUGGGGGUGUGGGGGGGGGGGGGUGGGGGGGGGGGGGGGGUGGAGGGGGGGUGGGGUGUGUUUGUGGUGUGGGGGGUUGGGGGGGGGGGGUGGUUGUUGUGGUGGGGGGGGGGGGGGGGGGGUGGGGUGUGGGGGGGGGGGGGGUGGGUUGGGUGGGGUGGGGGUGUGGGGGGGUGUUGGGUUGUGGGUGGGGGGGGGGGUUGUGGGGGGGGGGGUGGUGGGUGUUUGGGUGUGGGGGUGGUGGGUGGGGUUGUGGGGGUAGGGGUGGGUGGGGGGGUGGGUUGGUGGGGGGGGGGGGUUGUGGUUGUUUUGGUUUGUGUAUGUUGGGUGGGGGUUUGGUGUUGGUUUGGUUGUUGUGUUUGUUGUUGGGGGGGGGGGGUGUGUGUGGUGGGGGGGGUGUGGUGUUGUUUGUGGUUGUGUGGUUGUUGUUUGUGUGUUUUUGUUUGGUGGUGUGUGGGGUGUGGGUUUUAUGAUAGUAUAUGUGGUGGGUUGUUGUGGUUUGGUGUGUUGGUGUUGUGGUGGGUGUUGGAUGUUAUUGUUGGUUGGUGUUUUUGUUGGGGUGUUUGGGGUGUUUUGUUGGGGUGUUUAAGGGGUGUUUGGGUUGGGGUGGUUGAGGUUUAUGGGUAUUAG